UCCUUCCCCCUGAACCAGCUCCACUACCAGGCUGGAGUCCCCGGCAGCACGGCGCGCAACACAACACACUGACAGCUGCGACUGACUCACAACCAAGGGGGGAAAGAUGGAGCACAGAGACGCCGACUUCAACAUAAUGUUAGCCACCGACUCAUACAAGGUAACACAUUACAAACAGUAUCCUCCCAACACAAGUAAAGUGUACUCCUACUUCGAGUGUCGUGAGAAGAGGACAGAUCCAAGCAAAAGCAGAAAAGUCAAAUAUGACAAAACUGUCUUCUACGGCCUACAGUACAUCCUCCACAAAUACCUAAAAGGAAAGGUGGUGACUCCAGAGAAGAUCCAGGAGGCAAAGGAGGUUUACAGAGAACACUUUCAGGAUGACGUUUUCAAUGAGAAGGGAUGGACUUACAUUUUGGAGAAAUACAAUGGGCACCUGCCUAUUGAAAUCAAGGCAGUGCCAGAGGGGAGUGUCAUUCCUCGAGGAAACGUGUUGUUCACAGUGGAGAGCACAGACCCUGAAUGCUACUGGCUCACCAACUGGGUGGAGACCAUCCUGGUGCAAAUCUGGUACCCCAUCACCGUGGCAACCAACUCCAGAGAACAGAAGAAGAUCCUCGCCAAGUACCUCCUGGAGACUUCUGGGAAUCUUGAGGGACUAGAGUAUAAAUUACAUGAUUUUGGAUACAGAGGCGUCUCCUCACAAGAGACUGCAGGCAUCGGGGCUUCUGCCCAUCUGGUGAACUUCAAGGGCACAGACACAGUCGCUGGCAUCGGAGUCAUUAAGAAGUACUAUGGCACCAAGGACCCUGUGCCAGGCUUCUCAGUGCCUGCAGCAGAGCACAGUACCAUCACAGCAUGGGGAAAGGACCAUGAAAAAGAUGCUUUCGAGCACAUCGUCAAGCAGUUUCCCAGUGUGCCAGUUUCUAUAGUCAGCGACAGCUACGACAUCUACAACGCCUGUGAGAAGAUCUGGGGUGAAGACCUACGGGGGCUGAUAGAGUCACGCAGCGCCGAUGCCCCGCUGGUUGUCCGACCAGACUCAGGAAACCCGCUUGAUACAGUUUUAAAGGUUUUGGAGAUUCUUGGUAAGAAGUUUAUACCAGAGGAAAACUCAAAAGGAUAUAAGGUCCUUCCUCCUUACAUCAGAGUCAUACAAGGUGAUGGAGUGGAUAUCAACACAUUGCAAGAGAUUGUGGAGGGUAUGAAGCAGCAUCGGUGGUCCAUUGAGAACAUCGCCUUUGGAUCUGGAGGGGCUCUGCUGCAGAAACUGACUAGAGAUCUGCUGAACUGCUCCUUCAAAUGCAGCUAUGUGGUCACUAAUGGACUGGGGGUGAAUGUGUUCAAGGACCCGGUGGCAGACCCCAAUAAGAGGUCAAAGAAAGGCAGACUUUCUCUUCAUCGGACACAAAGUGGAGACUUUGUUACCCUUGAGGAGGGCAAGGGUGAUCUGGAGGAGUACGGCGUGGACCUGUUGCACACAGUCUUCCAGAACGGGAAGAUUGUGAAGACGUACACAUUUGAUGAAGUCAGAGACAAUGCUAAGCUCAAAGAGAAUGAGCUUGAAGAGCUGUUGCACUGAGCGCAGCAUUAUUAACCCCCUCUCUACCACCUUUACUCUCGAUACAACCUCCCUCACCCUUCACCUUUUGGCCUCUGACGUCACCCAAGCUAAUGCGGGUAGCGUGCACUGCUAAAAUAGACCCCACUCCCAAAGUCUGAGAACACCCUUAAUUGUUCCUUAAAACCUGAGACUCCCUUAAAAUUCACGGAACUCCACCCUCAGUUCCAAAACGCUGUUGGUUCUCCAAAGGAGUGGGGAACGAGAGAUUUGGACACUCACACACCCAACUGCAAACACCCCACUAUUGUAAGGGGAACAAAGAGCGUGAGAGAAGAAAAUAUGUGGAAGCUACAGAAAGUGACAAAAAUAACAAACCUGUUGAGAAUCAGUGGCAACAAACCAUGCGUUCACAUGUCCGUGCUCUUGCCCCCGCAGUUCAAACCGGCAUGCUGCACUGAUAGGCUGACACAUUGCAACAUAAGAAUGUGAUUGGCUGCUGAUUGGCAAUGUGUCAGCAGACAUUUUCCAUGCCGACACACAAGCAAACAACAUGAUUGUAGGUUUCUCCUGUUUGGAAAAAUGAACAAGGGUCUGGCAGCUGCAGGAUGAGUGAACCCAUGGUGUGUCGAAGAGAAAAAGAUCCCGACAGAGCGAUAUGAAGCCACACCCACACCAAUGACCAUGCCCCGUGUAUUGUGUACAGAACUGUUUAGAAAAAAAUACAUGUCUGAAUCUACUUAGCUUUGUAUUUUAUGUGAAGGAAGAAAACGAUGAUCAGUGGUAUAUAAGGGUGCACCUAUAACAUUUACUCACAGCAGCUAAUGCGUUGCUUAUAUACGGUAACAACUCAACACUGAAUUAAUGUUAUACUGUAGGUUUGCUUAAUGGCAGAGGAAGAAGCCAUCUGUAGGAGAAUAUAUACUUCACAAAACUAAUUUUUCAUCAAUUACCUUGCUUUCUAUCAGUAGUUAUGGCCAUGAUUAUUAAAGGCCUUAAUCUAUCAAGUACUACCUGAAUAUUUUGUCCCCUUACUCAGCCAAAACAAAUGUUAUUGAUGCAUCUCUGAAAGUAUACAAAUGAUCAUCUCCUUGCCAUUAUGUUGCCCACGGUUCAUUCACAUCAUGAAGGCCCAAUCCAAAAUACUAUUAAGAAGGAAAAAAUAAAAGAAAUUCAAUCUUGACUUUAUACAUGACAUUCCAAAAUCCUGUCGAAUGGUUUCAAUUUUUGUAGGUAUGUUCACAUACAUGUAAGCGCAGAGUAUUUUAGCGUUGUCAGUAUCUUGCUGAAACUCCAAAUCUUAAAAAAUUAUAUUGGACAAGAUCCUAGUGGACUAGGAAGACCCACGUGUUUCGGUUUGGAUCUUCAUGGCAGUAAAUGCUCCUGAAACCAGUCUUUGCUGUAUAAGACCAAGAGUUGAUGUAAGAAUACAUCACUGGUAAUGUCUUCACAGGAUUGAAGAUAAUCUAAUUAUGUGUUUAUGAGAGAUUACAUAUGUGGCUUCUGGACUGAAAUGUCGGUUCUGAUGUGUGUGCGCUUGGAUCCGUGUGUGUGUGUGUGUGUGUGUGUGUUUGCGUGUGUGUAAUGACAUUUUUUUCCUUUAAAGGACUGUGUAGUAUUCCUUUAUGCAAACGUGUUUGUGAUUCGAGGAGAUAGAGAACACUCUUUUCCUGCUUUUCCUUUACUGGCCUUUUUUUUUUCUGAAGGGAGACGCAGCAUCGGACGGCACGUUCCACUUGUUUGGAUUUAAGAAUUAAAACUGUUGUAUGUGAUCUGAUAAAGCCUUUUUGGCAUUAAUUAUCUUACAUUUAGGGCAUCUCAGCUGACUAUCAUUACCAGAAUCACCUUGCUGAGUUUGCCAUUGCAGAUUAAAAGGAGUUUUUCUGAUGGCCCGGAUUAAGAGAAGCUGGGAGCUGGUGACAUUAUGAUAAAAAUGCUGAAAUUUUGGUAAAGGAUUGGAAUACCUCCAGUGAAUCAUAGCUGAGCAGCUUCCAACAGGUGGCAGAAUAAUUUUGAUUAGUUGAUUGAAGCGUUGGAUGGUUUCAUCUUCUUACAUGUGAAGAUACGUUCAUCGUCUCUGUCUUAUGUCAUUCAACAAAAUGUCUGAUGCAUUGAUUGGUCAAAACAGAUACUUGGAAGGCAAUUACAACAAGCCUUUCCUGCUGUUUUCUUGACAUUUGUAAAUUAAGAAAAUUCAAAAAAUGAAAACUGUUACAGACCUAAAUAACUGGGAACUAUCCUUUAAUUUAGUUUAGUUGAUUUGGUGCUGAGUUAAGACCCUGUCCUGUUUCACAUUUCUAUAUUCUCAUCUUAGCGCAACCUGUUACAAUAUCAGCUUGUUUUUCACUGAAACUAUUUACAGCAAUCUCACACACUUUUCAUACAGACACCUACUGAGAAUCAUGUGACGCCACCGUCUCCCGUCUUUUGCUUAAACCACCUGGAUCAAACAAGCUGGUUAAACUACACAGCUUGUCCUAUACUGAAAUAACAUCACACUUAUUUCUGUUUUUUGCAAAUGCUCAGAUGUUCAAAACUUCAGUUGUCCAGUUAUGCUGGAGUAACGACAUACCAUAGGUCCAGUUAUGGGGUGCAUUUUAGUAAAAUUUUGAUUUUACUAUUUUGAUACUGUCUCGGUUCUUACCUCAGAGAAAUAUUAUUUUGUAUGACAAAGCAGAAAAAAAUGCCAGAAACAUUGCAGUAAAUGUCCUUAUUUACAAAUGAUGCGGCCAUACUGCCUUCUCACCUGUAUAUACAAUUAGCUUGACUGAAAGCAUAGGGCAGGUUAGGAAGACGACCACACUAGAUGAUACUACUAUUAUUUUUGUCAGAAUGACCAUUUUUGUAUCUGAAGAAUAUCCAAACCUGCUUGACAGUGUGACUGUUACGACUGUCAAGCUUUUAGCUUCUGUUGAGUGUGUGUGUGUGUGUGGUCCAGUGUGAAUGCCUUGUGUGUGUGUGUGUGUGUGUGUGUGUGUGUGUGUGUGUGUGUGUGUGAGUGUGUGUAAUGAAUGAACAAGUGUUUGUGAAUACUUUUUUUUCCUUUAUGUUGUUGUUGUUUUACUUGUAUGUAUAUGUUGAUUGUCCCAAAUUCUCUCCCAACACAACUGAUAUUUUAACAUAACUUGCUAUAUUGUGAACAAUACAUUGAUUAAAGACGCCACCCUGUCA